AUGUGGAGAGACCGCACGAAUCUCUACAUAUCCUAUCGACAGUCCUAUUCACACCACCCUGCGAAGAAACCCCGAUUCCCAGCAAGCAAUGGCUUCGCCGACCACGGCUCGGAGGAGACUCGCGGUCUCAUGUCAACAGACGCAUACGACGAUGGCGAUGCCGUGAUCGAGAUGGACCUGCUCCCUCCGCGAUGGAUUGACGUGCAAGAUGAGGUUGGGGACUUGCUGAAAGAUAUCACCCUGAAGGCGGCCAAGUUGGACAAGCUGCAUUCGAAGCACGUCCUGCCAGGCUUUGAAGACGACUCGGUCAAGUUGCAGGAGGAGCGCGAGAUCGAGCAACUGACCACGGAGAUCACACGAGGCUUCCAAGAAUGCCAAAAGGCCAUCAAGCGCAUUGAGACCAUGGUCAAAGAAGCGAGUCGGACCGGCAACCUGCAGAAAGGAGACGAGGUCAUGGCGAAGAACAUCCAAGUCGCUCUGGCCUCGCGGGUCCAGGAAGUCAGCGCAACGUUCAGGAAGAAGCAGAGCAACUAUCUCAACAAGCUGCGGCAACUGGGCGGCUUCGAAUCGCCGAUCGGCCGAGCCUCGACCCCGGUGCAGAAUCCGUAUUCCGACCCAGCGUUGAUGGAGUCCGAAGUGGAUAAACGGCUGGGCCAGUCCGCCUUGCAACAGACGGCGCAGAAACGGCUGCACAGGAAUGACGCCGCCAUCGCCCAGCGGGAACAGGAAAUCAACGACAUCGCCAAGGGCAUCAUUGAACUGGCAGAUAUCUUCCGCGACCUUCAAGCCAUGGUCAUCGACCAGGGAACCAUGCUCGAUCGCAUUGACUACAAUGUCGAGCGUAUGGCCACAGAUGUGAAAGGGGCGGAGAAGGAGCUGGUCGUCGCGACUAACUACCAACGUCGUAACACUAAGCGGAAGAUUCUCCUGCUGCUUUUCCUCCUCGUGGUCGGCAUGUUUGUCCUGCUGCUCAUCAAGCCGAAGAGGAGGGCUCAGGCACCAUCUGCAGCUCCGCCUGCAUCACCAGAUACUCCUCCCUGA